GCCCAGCCUCGCUCCUCCCCAGACGCCGCCCGCUGGGAUCCCCAUCGCUCCUGCACCUGCACCUGCUCGCCCCGUCCGCCAGCACCCACCGGUCCCUCCCCGCUGCGCCCAGCUCGGAUGCUGUGACCGGGGCGUGAGACGGCUCCCGGGCAGGUGGGAUGCGCUCCCACCUGCGGCCGCCUCCCACGCCAGCCACCUUGGCAUAUCUAGCCAGGAGGCGCCACGCUCUGCCUCAUUUGCCAAGCCGCAGCUGAAGUGGCCACGCUCCGGAGUUUGAUGGCUUCUUUGAGGAGAGUCAAAGUCCUGCUGGUGUUAAACUUGAUUGCGGUGGCUGGCUUUGUCCUCUUUCUGGCUAAGUGUAGACCCAUCACUGUCAAGAGUGGGGAUUCCUUCCAUGAAAUCCAUCCCAGGGCAGAAGUGGCCAACUUGACCGCCCAUGGCAGCAGUCCUAUUCAGGAUGCAGUCCUGAAAAGGCUCUCCCUUCUAGAAGAUAUAGUCUACAGGCAGCUAAAUGGUUUGUCGAAGUCACUCGGUCUCAUUGAAGGCUAUGGUGGGCGUGGCAAAGGUGGGCUUCCGGCCACCCUUUCCCCAGCAGAGGAAGAGAAAGCUAAGGGCCCACAUGAGAAGUACGGCUACAAUUCCUACCUCAGCGAGAAAAUUUCACUGGAUCGCUCCAUACCUGAUUAUCGUCCAACCAAGUGCAAAGAGCUGAAAUAUGCAAAGAAUCUGCCCCAGAUUUCCAUUAUUUUCAUCUUCGUGAACGAAGCGUUAUCGGUGAUUCUGCGCUCAGUGCACAGUGCCGUCAAUCACACUCCAGCCCACCUCCUGAAAGAGAUCAUACUUGUGGAUGACAACAGUGAUGAAGAAGAAUUGAAGGGCCCCCUGGAAGAGUAUGUCAACAAACGAUACCCAGGGCUUGUGAAGGUGGUGCGCAACCAGAAAAGAGAAGGCCUGAUCCGUGCUCGGAUUGAAGGUUGGAAGGCUGCCACUGGACACAUCACUGGAUUCUUUGAUGCUCAUGUAGAAUUCACUGCAGGCUGGGCUGAGCCUGUUCUUUCGCGAAUCCAGGAAAACCGGAAAAGGGUUAUUCUUCCGUCAAUCGACAAUAUCAAGCAGGACAACUUUGAGGUGCAGCGCUACGAGAACUCUGCCCAUGGAUACAGCUGGGAGUUAUGGUGCAUGUACAUUAGCCCACCCAAAGACUGGUGGGAUGCUGGUGACCCUUCCCUGCCAAUCAGGACACCUGCUAUGAUUGGCUGCUCGUUUGUUGUGAACAGGAAAUUCUUUGGAGAAAUUGGUCUUCUGGAUCCCGGAAUGGAUGUGUAUGGAGGAGAGAACAUAGAGCUGGGGAUCAAGGUAUGGCUGUGUGGUGGCAGCAUGGAAGUCCUGCCGUGCUCCAGAGUCGCUCACAUCGAACGCAAGAAGAAGCCCUACAACAAUAACAUUGGUUUCUACACCAAGCGGAAUGCUUUGCGAGUGGCCGAAGUGUGGAUGGACAGUUACAAGUCUCACGUUUACAUUGCGUGGAAUUUGCCACUGGAGAAUCCAGGCAUUGACAUUGGAGAUGUCUCGGAGAGAAAAGCAUUAAGAAAAAGCUUAAAGUGUAAGAAUUUCCAGUGGUACCUGGACCACGUUUAUCCAGAAAUGAGAAGAUACAAUAAUACUAUUGCCUAUGGCGAGCUUCGUAACAAUAAAGCAAAAGAUGUAUGCCUUGACCAGGGCCCGCAGGAGAACCACACAGCAAUACUGUAUCCAUGCCACGGAUGGGGACCUCAGCUUGCCCGCUACACCAGGGAGGGAUUCCUUCACUUAGGCGCCCUGGGGACCACAACUCUCUUACCGGAUACCCGCUGCCUGGUGGAUAACAUGAAAAGCCGGCUCCCUCAGCUCCUGGAUUGUGACAAGGUCAAGAGCAGCCUCCAUAAACGCUGGAAUUUCAUACAGAACGGUGCGAUCCUGAAUAAGGGGACCGGGCGCUGCUUGGAAGUGGAGAGCAAAGGCAUGUCUGGCAUUGAUCUCAUUCUUCGCAGCUGCACCGGACAAAGAUGGACAAUUAAAAACUUCAUCAAGUAAAAGUGCAAAGGCCAGAGCAGUCUGAAGAUCGUCACUCAAGGGACGCUUGACACAAGUGACUUGGGCCACUCAGACUGGGAUCCUUUUCACCGCUUGGGAGAGAAAGAAAUAUAAAACCGGAGCUUUAUUCAUGGUAUCAGGAGAGGACAUUGGGGAAAGUGGCUAUUAGUAGGCUUUUUCUAUGGUACAUUAGUCUCUCGCACCUGAUUCCAACUGGGUGAAAUUGGGUCAGAACUGUUCUUUUUUCAAGGUAUCCCUUAUUUUUGCUGGAAUGAAGCCUGUGCAGUCUUACGGAUGCUUUAUUGACAGGGAAAUGCUGCUUUCAUUAAUGACUUGAAGCUCUAAGCUUUAUACUAGGACCAGAGCCAAGAGACCGUGGACAACCCAACCUGGCAAGCAAGAGCACUUGUCUGUCUAAAACAGAAAAAGAUUGCCCAGUGUGCAAGCCUAAAAUGAGCUGAGUUAAAGUCACCAGGUAUUUUAAAAUGUCCCCUCUAUGACCCAUCUUCUUCUUCGGCCUGGAACAGAUGUGCUCUAUAGUGUCAGGUCUCAAAGGCAUCCCCAAAUAGCCCAUUGGUUUCCCUCUCCCCAGGGCAGGAUACAAACUAUGCAUACAAAAUGAUGGGGUUUCAAUUAGCUGUUCUAAUUCAAGAAAGAGAUGUGUGAAGUCAUUGUAGAUAGUUCUCUGAAAGUGUCUGUGACAGUCAAAACAGUCCUGCACCAUUAGACAGUAAAUAUCAUAAUGCUAAUAUAGAAAUCCAUGAUACACCUACUUCCUGAACAUUGUGUCCAGUUGUGGUUGUCCUAUCCCCAAAAAGAUAUAUGAGAAUUGGAAAAGGUGCCAAGAACGCAACAAAAUAUCAGGGGUAUGGAACAGCUUGCAUUUGAGGAGAGAUUAAAAAGACCAGGACUGCUCAACAUAGAAAAGAGAUGACUAAGGGAAGACAUGCUAGGGGUCUAUGAAAUCAUAAAUGAUGUGAAGAAAGUGAGUAAGGAAGUGUUAUUUAUUCCUUCAUAUAACACAAGAACCAGGGAUCACCCAAUGAAAUUAAUCGGCAGUAGGUUUAAUGCAAACAUAAGUAUUUGUCAAACAAUGCACAGUUAACCUAUGGAACUCAUUGCCAGAGGAUGUUGUGGAGGCUAAAAGUAUAAGUGGGUUCAGAUAAGAAUUAAAUAAGUUCCUGGAGGAUAGGUCCAGCAAUGCUUAUUAGCUUAGAGGCUCAGGGAUAUAACCCCAUGCUCCAAGUUUCCCUAAGCCUCUAACUGCCAGACUCUGGUCAUGGAUCACAUGGUAAUUCCUUGUUCUAGUCAUUCCAUCUGAAGCAUCUGGCACCAGCCACUGUCAGAAGACAGGAUAGGGGGCUAGGUGGACCAGAAGUUGGAGACAGUGUGGCUGUUCUUGUAUUCUUUUCUCAUGCCAAUUCCUUUGUCAAACUAAAUUAGUUGAAAUUAAAAAAAAUUGAUCGUUGUUGCCUUACCCCUCCACUUACAUCCAUGCCACCUCUGGCAACAGCAAAACUUCGCUUCCGUGCACAAGUCUGUUGAGAGUAGUUCUCUUCUGUAUCUUCCACCUCCUAAGAGUUGCACUAAAUACAACUCUCUCUUCUCCCGCAUUUGUGUGAGAGAUUUUCUCAUCUCACGCAUUUGCCAAACAGCAUCCAAAACCCACCACCUCCACCCGGAUGGGUUCUCCUCUACUAACACCUUCCAGUUCCCCCCUUCCCCAAAGUGACUGCUGCCCCUUCACACUGAUUUCAAAAUGCUGCCCCAUGGCAGAACUAACCCAGCGUGUGUUAAGUGAGGAGGCCAAUGGAAGUGUCUUGACCCACCAAUCGAAUGCCAAGCAGUGACUGCAUAGGAAUGGACUCUCCUGCAACACUUCGUUAUCCUGUUGCUGUUCUGUACUUUUAAAAGGGAGGAUAAUUAUGCUAGUUUGCCUGCCACGCCAAGAACAAGUAACAGGAGAGCAGAUCCCAGCAAGGCAAGCUUCUGAGAGAAGUAGUGGGACUGAUUUUAAAAUACCCUCCCGACAAAUGAACACAAAAUAAUAAUAAAAACUCCUCUGCUUUGCAGCGCUUUUAGUCUUACCUCCUCGUGGUGGAUGCUUGAGCCACUAUGUUUGGUGUAUCUCUGUCAUUAGGGCCUGCUUAUCACAAUCCUGGUUUCUGUGAUUCUUCAUGAGCUUUGACUACACCAGGGAGUUAGACACAGAGACAUGAAUGUCAUUUGGGUCCAUACUGAUUUGCCACAAGUUCCUGCCUUGGCACUAUCACCAUGGGUACGUCUACACAGCAGGACAAAAGUCGAAUUAAGCUACGCCACUUAAGGUAUGCCAAUUGCGGCGCUGAAGUCGAAAUAGCUUGCCUUGGCUUUUGGCGCUGUCUACACUGCAGGAAGUCAAAGGAAGAACCCUCUUCCUUCGACUUCCCUUUCUCCUUGUGAAAUGAGGGUUACAGGAGUCCGAGUAAGAAGUCCUCCAGCUCAACAUUAUUUCAAAAUAAAGGCUUGUCAUGUAGCUCUGUACUAGGGUGGGAGGGAUAGCUCUGUGGUUUGAGCAUUGGCCUGCUAAACCCAAGGUUGUGAAUUCAAUCUUUGCGGAGGCUGUUUAGGAAUUUGGGGCAAAUAUUUGUUGGGGAUAGUACUUGGUCCUGCUGUGAAGGCAGGGGACUGGACUUAAUGACCUUUCAAGGUCCCUUCCAGUUCUACGAGAUAGGCAGUCUCCAUUAUAAAAAAUGUUCUUUCAGAAUAACGGUCGCUAUUCAGAAAUAACGCUGCUGUGUAGACACACCCUGCCUGGGUUUUGAACCAGAUGAGUGUUUACUACCCAAUUUUUAGCCAUGAUAGGUAUCCCUCCAUCCAAUAUUGAGUUUGGAUCUUGGUGGCAGGGCAACUGAGAAAGGGGACUAGUGACAUACCAAGCUACCUGUGUUUUACAUGGACGUUAAAAGAAUUCAUUUCACAUCGAGCUGUGUCAGUCAUGGGGCAGAGGGAGCCUCCUUUCUUUUCUCACAGAAUAAUAAUUUUUCUGGUUGCCCUCUGGUCAGGGUGAGCUAAAAUAUAUUAAUAUAUGAGAUGAACAUGUAAAUAUCAUUCCCAAAGACUGGAUGUACACAGAGUUGUUUGCUGCAGAGCACGCGUGCCUGUCUUCCAUUCGGGAAAGGAUAAAGCUACCUUGAUGUUUAAUGAGUUUCAUUGUCAAUGCCAUGCAAUAGGUUUAUAGCUGAUGUUUUAGUAAUUUAUUGAAAGAAGCAGAUGUAUUUCAUUGUUCCUUCUACAGCAAAGAACAUCAUUGUUCAAUCAUGCUUGACAAGACUCCCUCCUUCAUUGGCAUUUCUCUGAUUUUUUACCCCCGCGCUCCUUAAUGAAGUGAAAUCUUUAGUUGUCCUGAAUUGCACAGUAAGGAGUCAAUGUAGAGCUUUGCUCUCUUAUUAGCUGUCGCAUCAUCUCUUGUGUAAUAAAUUUUAGCACUUACAAAACCAGCAUGUGUAUGUUUUCAAAUGUCUGAGAGUUUCCCCCUUUGUUCAUUGCCAUCUUGUACUGAAAAUAAUUUGCCAAGAAACUUUUUACGGAAAAUGCUUGCGGGGGAGGGGCAUGCUACAAAGUUAAUGAUAAAUGCAAUAAAAUUACCUCUGACUGAGUAAAUC